CGCUCCCGACAUGCCCCGCGGCGCGCCAUUAACCGCCAGAUUUGAAUCGCGGGACCCGUUGGCAGAGGUGGCGGCGGCGGCAUGGGUGCCCCGACGUUGCCCCCUGCCUGGCAGCCCUUUCUCAAGGACCACCGCAUCUCUACAUUCAAGAACUGGCCCUUCUUGGAGGGCUGCGCCUGCACCCCGGAGCGGAUGGCCGAGGCUGGCUUCAUCCACUGCCCCACUGAGAACGAGCCAGACUUGGCCCAGUGUUUCUUCUGCUUCAAGGAGCUGGAAGGCUGGGAGCCAGAUGACGACCCCAUGCAAAGGAAACCAACAAUAAGAAGAAAGAAUUUGAGGAAACUGCGAAGAAAGUGCGCUGUGCCAUCGAGCAGCUGGCUGCCAUGGAUUGAGGCCUCUGGCCGGAGCUGCCUGGUCCCAGAGUGGCUGCACCACUUCCAGGGUUUAUUCCCUGGUGCCACCAGCCUUCCUGUGGGCCCCUUAGCAGUGUCUUAGGAAAGGAGAUCAACAUUUUCAAAUUAGAUGUUUCAACUGAACUCUUGUUUUGUCUUGAAAGUGGCACCAGAGGUGCUUCUGCCUGUGCAGCGGGUGCUGCUGGUAACAGUGGCGGCUUCUCUCUCUCUCUCUCUUUUGGGGGCUCAUUUUUGCUGUCUUGAUUCCUGGGCUUACCAGGUGAGAAGUGAGGGAGGAAGAAGGCAGUGUCCCUUUUGCUAGAGCUGACAGCUUUGUUCGCGUGGGCAGAGCCUUCCACAGUGAAUGUGUCUGGACCUCAUGUUGUUGAGGCUGUCACAGUCCUGAGUGUGGACUUGGCAGGUGCCUGUUGGAUCUGAGCUGCAGGUUCCUUAAUCUGUCACACCUGUGCCUCCUCAGAGGACAGUUUUUUUUGUUGUUGUUGUGUUUUUUUUUUUUUUUUUUUUGGUAGAUGCAUGACUUGUGUGUGAUGAGGAGGGAAUGGAGACAGAGUCCCCUGCUCCUCUACUGUUUAACAACAUGGCUUUCUUAUUUUGUUUGAAUUGUUAAUUCACAGAAUAGCACAAACUACUAUUAAAACUAAGCACAAAGCCAUUCUAAGUCAUUGGGGAAAGGGGGUGAACUUCAGGUGGAUGAGGAGACAGAAUAGAGUGAUAGGAAGCAUCUGGCAGAUACUCCUUUUGCCACUGCUGUGUGAUUAGACAGGCCCAGUGAGCCGCGGGGCACAUGCUGGCCGCUCCUCCCUCAGAAAAAGGCAGUGGCCUGAAUCCUUUUUAAAUGACUUGGCUCGAUGCUGUGGGGGACUGGCUGGGCUGCUGCAGGCCGUGUGUCUGUCAGCCCAACCUUCACAUCUGUCACGUUCUCCACACGGGGGAGAGACGCAGUCCGCCCAGGUCCCCGCUUUCUUUGGAGGCAGCAGCUCCCGCAGGGCUGAAGUCUGGCGUAAGAUGAUGGAUUUGAUUCGCCCUCCUCCCUGUCAUAGAGCUGCAGGGUGGAUUGUUAACAGCUUCGCUGGAAACCUCUGGAGGUCAUCUCGGCUGUUCCUGAGAAAUAAAAAGCCUGUCAUUUCAAACACUGCUGUGGACCCUACUGGGUUUUUAAAAUAUUGUCAGUUUUUCAUCGUCGUCCCUAGCCUGCCAACAGCCAUCUGCCCAGACAGCCGCAGUGAGGAUGAGCGUCCUGGCAGAGACGCAGUUGUCUCUGGGUGCUUGCCAGAGCCACGAACCCCAGACCUGUUUGUAUCAUCCGGGCUUCUUCCGGGCAGAAACAACUGAAAAUGCACUUCAGACCCACUUAUUUCUGCCACAUCUGAGUCGGCCUGAGAUAGACUUUUCCCUCUAAACUGGGAGAAUAUCACAGUGGUUUUUGUUAGCAGAAAAUGCACUCCAGCCUCUGUACUCAUCUAAGCUGCUUAUUUUUGAUAUUUGUGUCAGUCUGUAAGUGGAUACUUCACUUUAAUAACUGUUGCUUAGUAAUUGGCUUUGUAGAGAAGCUGGAAAAAAAUGGUUUUGUCUUCAACUCCUUUGCAUGCCAGGCGGUGAUGUGGAUCUUGGCUUCUGUGAGCCUGUGCUGUAGGCAGGGCUGAGCUGGAGCCGCCCCUCUCAGCCCGCCUGCCACGGCCUUUCCUUAAAGGCCGUCCUUAAAACCAGACCCUCAUGGCUGCCAGCACCUGAAAGCUUCCUCGACAUCUGUUAAUAAAGCCGUAGGCCCUUGUCUAAGCACAA